GGAAGUAAUUCAGACCCAAACGCGUACCCGUCACAACAUUUCAUUGCUUUGGUAACCAGCUAUUUGUAUUAUUUGUAAGUGGCUAUAUGUCACUUAGAUAUUUUAAACAUGCAAUAAAGGGUUUUAGAAUGCCAAUAAUGUAUUUCGGAAAGUUCAUUCCCCAGUAUAGUCUAAUUACGCAACAAUUUGUCCCGUUAGCGCAUACGUCACACAAUUUGCGUCAUUACCCGAAUAAAAAAAAACAGAUCAAAACAGAACGGAGGGUGUCCGUGCGUUAUUAGUUGCACUUGAGAGUGGAUUUGGUCCUUGUUGAGCGAUGGAAGAAAAGAUAAAGCAAGAGUUGGGUACAGCCGUGCUAAAGUCAGCCGGCCACAGCGGAGGUGGAUGCAUCAGCCAGGGCCAGAGUUACCUGACCGACACCGGCAAAGUCUUCGUCAAGAUCAACCACAAGAGCCAGGCCAAGUUAAUGUUUGAUGGAGAAAUGGCCAGUUUGGAGGCCAUCAUCAAAACAGGAACCAUCAAAGUGCCCAAACCGGUCAAGGUCAUCGACUUGGACACUGGAGGUUGCGUCUUUGUGAUGGAGCAUCUGGACAUGCGAGGCCUGAACAAAUACUCCAAGCAGCUUGGAGAGCAGCUGGCCGAUCUUCACCUCCACAACAAGCGACAGCUGCAGAAAGUUAGCAAAGAGCAGCACACAGUUGGAAAAGGAGCCGGGCAGUCUGAGGGGGCUUUCGUGGACAAAUUUGGCUUCUUUACCUGCACGUGCUGCGGCUAUAUACCGCAGGACAACGAAUGGCAGGACGACUGGGUGACAUUUUACACUCGACAGAAGCUCGAGUGUCAGCUGAACACGCUGGAGAAGUCCAACGGCGACAGAGAGGUCAGAGAGCUUUGGGCGGCGCUGCAGCUGAAGAUCCCGGAGUUCUUUCAAGACACGGAGGUGGUCCCCGCGCUCCUCCACGGCGACUUGUGGGGCGGCAACGUGGCAGAAACCAGCGAAGGGCCCGUGAUCUUCGACCCCGCUUCUUUCUACGGCCACUCUGAGUACGAGCUGGCAAUCGGCGGCAUGUUCGGAGGCUUCGACGGCUCCUUCCGCUCCGCCUACCACGGCAAAAUUCCCAAGGCGCCCGGCUUUGCGAGGAGGAACCAGCUGUAUCGACUCUUCAACUACCUGAAUCACUGGAACCACUUUGGAGAUGGCUACAGGGGCUCGUCGAUAAGUGUGAUGAAGGACCUGCUCAAGUGAUUGCACUCAGCUACCUUCCAUGGAAUGCUUCAGUCAUAAAAGACUUUGCAUACUAUAGCAAUGUAGUAAGAGUAAAAUGUACAGAUCAAUUGUCUUUCCAUUGGAGUUUGUUUGUUUAUUCCAUAAAUCUCUUGUUUUAAAA